CUAAAUUUGGUUUGUGACAGGUUCCAUUCCCUGCAUCAUACCCAAUUUCGGACAAAUUACUCACUCUUCAUGCCCAUUUAUGAUUACAUUUAUGGUACUAUGGACAAAACUACAGACACCACAUAUAAUAUAUCAUUGAAAAGAGAAGAAACUUCACCAGAUGUGGUACAUCUAACACACCUUACAACCCCAGAGUCUAUCUAUCAUCUAAGGUUGGGGUUUGCUUCCUUGGCCUCCAAACCCCAAUCUUCUGAAUGGUACCUCUAUUUGAUGUGGCCUUUCACUCUUUGGUCUGUUCUUGUGACUUGGUUUUAUGGCCAAACGUUUGUCUUAGAGAGGAAUGCUUUCAAAACACUCAAUUUGCAAUCAUGGGUUAUACCAAGGUUCCAUGUACAAUAUCUUUUCAAAUGGCAAAGGGAAACAUUGAACAAACUUAUAGAAGAAGCAAUACUUCAGGCUGAGUUGAGCAAAGUUAAGGUUUUAAGUCUAGGUCUUUCAAAUCAGGGAGAUUCACUCAAUAAAUAUGGUGAACUUUACUUGAAAAGAUACCCCGAACUUAAAAUAAAGAUCGUGGACGGCAGUAGCUUAGUUGUGGCCAUUGUUCUUAACAAUAUUCCCAAAGAAGCAAGCCAAGUGCUUCUUUGUGGCAAACCUAAUAAGAUUUCAUAUGCCAUUGUGAGUGCUUUAUGUGAAAGGGGUACAAAGGUUACAACUAUGUAUAAGGAUCAAUAUGACAAUCUUCAAUUAAGGCUCUCCACUAAGUCCAAAAAGAAUUUGGUUUUCCCAGGAUCCUAUACUGCAAAGAUAUGGCUAGUGGGAGACCAAUGUAACGAGGCUGAACAAAAGAAAGCACCAAAAGGAUCACUGUUCAUACCCAUUUCCCAAUUCCCUCCAAAGAAACUUCGCAAAGACUGCUUCUACCACAGCACACCAGCAAUGAUAGCUCCCCCUUCUUUAAUGAAUGUGGACUCUUGUGAGAACUGGCUUCCAAGAAGAGUGAUGAGUGCAUGGAGAGUCGCUGGAAUAUUGCAUGCCUUAGAAGGUUGGAACGUUAAUGAGUGCGGAAAUGUCAUGUUUAGCGUUGAGAAAAUAUGGCAAGCAAGUCUUCAGCAUGGGUUUAGGCCACUCAAGAUUAAUCCCCUUUCUUCAAUUCUAAAUUAAUUAGCAUUAUAUAAUUCUAUAUCAGUGUGUGUUUAUAUAUACAUAUGUCAACGGUUGAUCAACUACCUUAUGAUAUUUCCAAAUGAAAUAUGAAUUCUAUCAAACUAUAUAGCUUAUGUAACAUUAUGACAUACCAUAUAGCUUAUGUAAUAUUAUAGCAUACCUCUACAUUGUGUCUCAUGGUACAUGUUGUGUAAUAGAAAGUAUGUUUAAAUGGUGUAGAAAUGGUCCUUUCGAAAA